AUGGGUAGAGUGAAGCCGGAAUGCCCGAUCCGAUUGGGAGUGAACGUGCUGACACGAGCCAGGGAGAUUGAGCUCCAAUGGGACAUCCCCCCACUCAGGUUCACCCUGCUGAGGAACAACCUCCUCCAUCAGGUCUCCUACUGCAGCUCCAAGCCCACCUGGGAGAAUAUAAAUGUAACUGGCUCCUCUGUGAGACUGUUGAUGAAGAAUCUGAUUCCAAGCUCUGAGUAUAUGAUUCGCGUUCGAUCGAUUCCUGAUCAGGGAUAUUUCAAAGGAAUAUGGAGUGACUGGAGUGAGACUGUCAGUUUCCAAACCCCAAAAAGUGCAUACAGACUGAGUGCAGGUAUCAAGCUAACUAUGUCCUUGUUGACUCUGCUUCUCAUCAUUGUCAUCGGUCUCAGUGUACUGUGCUGGGAAAACAGGAUCAAGCCUCAUGUCUGGCCCAAAAUUCCAAACCCAAAAUCUACACUGGAGCACCUGUACAUGAAACCAAACAAGACGGUGGCAGUGAGCUUUAACCCAUCCAGCUUCCUGGAUGUGAUGGAGAGUCGAGUAGACACGAUACAGGUGAGGGGGUCCCGGAGAAGCUGCCCUGCCCCAUCCUCAGGGAGUGAAGCUGCUGACUGUAACAAUAUGGUGCCGGAGAGAGAGCUGCUGAUGGGAGAGAGAGCAACAAGAGACAUCAGUGGCACAAGCUGGCACGAAGCUAAGUGCCCAGCCCAGGAGGGGGCUGACAGUCCACAGUGCCUGAGGUUGGCCAGGGGAGAUCCUGAGGGAAAGAGGCUGCCUGGGUCUCCCCAUGGCCAUGCCCCAGAGCCUGGGGGUCAGAACAGAGCGAGGAGCCCCACGUCUGGGCACAGCCACAAUGAUGGCACUGCCUAUGGGGGGCAGGGGUUCAAUGUUCAGGGCACUCGGGAAUCUUGCCCAGAUCAAGUUGAUCAAGGGAGUGAUCUGGGAUCAACAUUAGCUGCAGACUGUCCUCUUACCCCGUCCGACCAAUCCUAUAUCACCAUGUCCAACCUGUACCAGAUCCAGUGAGAGACGCCCCACCAACCCACACCCCUACCCCCAGACCCACACUUCUACCCCCAGACCCACACCCCCCUCCCAGACCC